AUGCGUGCCAUCCUCCUUGCACUGCUCUCUACCAACAUCUUCAUCCAACACUUCUCAACCAUCCAAUUCCUAUUUACCUACAGCCUCUUGACAGCUUCUCUGCUUCUUCCCAUCCCAUCCAUCAACAUGAAGUCCUUCGCCCUCCUCGUUGCUGCUGCUGCCGGCGUCGCCGUUGCCCAGGAUAUCAGCUCCCUCCCGGCCUGCGGUCAAACAUGCAUUGGCAACAUGGUCUCCAUUGCCACCACCACCUUCGGUUGCGCCCAGGGCGAUCUUGCCUGCUACUGCGCCAACAUUGACUUCGCCUACGGUGUCCGCGAUUGUGCCAACGAGGCUUGCGGUGCGAGUGAAGCUGGCAGUGUCAUUGCCUAUGGUACCAACUACUGUGCGUCGGUUGCUGCGUCCGCAAGCAGGUCCUCCGUCGCUGCCGCCAUCACAACCGGUGCCCUGAGCGUCCUCUCCUCGGCCCAGAGCGGUUUCUCUACCGCCACCGCGAGUGGUGCUUCGUCCAUUUCUUCUGGUCUCUCGGCUGGUGCAUCUGUGACUUCAUCUGCUGGCAGCGCAGUUGCCUCAGCCACCUCGUCCGCUGGCUCUCGCAUCUCUUCGGCCGUGGAAUCCAUCGCGUCUUCUGCCUCCGAGGCCGUUUCUUCAGCGGCUUCCGGUGCGAGCGAGUCCGGUGCCUCCUUGACUAGCCGUGCUUCAUCUGGUGCUGAGUCUGCCACCUCAUCCAUCGCCAGCGCUGCCUCGUCUGCCGCCAGCGGCGCUUCUGAUGCUGCUGGUUCCGCCGCUAGCUCUGCUCCUCCCAACAACGCCGCUGCUAAGGCCACCGGUCUCCCCGUUGCCGGUGCCUUCGGAAUUGCUGCUUGGUUGCUCAUCUAA